CAAACCCAACCCGCAAUAAAUAACCCAACACCACUACAGUUCCAAAACAGUCCUACACCACCUACUACCCCUACCAAUCAGCGGCGUCAUCAACAAAAAAAUAUGAAUCCCUCGACAAAUGCUAGCGAUGUCGAUGCCGCGGCAAAUCCACAAAUGCACAAUUUUCAGUCACCUCAACGGCAGAUAAAGACAAGCACAGCUUCCAGUCCAGCUGGUACACCCUACAAACAGAAUGGCAGCAAUGGUGAUGCCAGCUUAAAUGGUACACCAUUACACAAUGGACACGGCAACGGCACGAACGGUUACCAGAAUGGCACGCGGCGUGAUUCCACACAAGCCUGGACUCCGCUACUCUCUAACGGUAAUGGCAAUAGUGCUGCAGUAGCUAAUGGUAAUGGCAAUGCUGCUGGCUUGACUGACAGCAACUUAGUUGCUACAGCUGGCAUUAAUGGUGCUGAAGACGGCGGCCUAGUGGGACAAGAGGCGAAUGAAACUCUCGGUGAUCCCACCACUGUACUGUAUACCACAUCGACCAGUAACAACAACGAAUGGAAAGAUGCCGAACAAAUAAAUAACCUCAAAAAUGGACUACUACAUUAUCCGGUUAAUCAUCAGGGCAAUAACAAUGGUUCGCUAAUGAACGGCAAGAAUGGUAUUGGUUUGGGUGUGCCAGACAAGUAUGAUGAACAAGAUCCCCUCACCGGCUUAUACGCACAGAAGAAUACACGAACGCGUGAACCGGAUGAAUCGGAUACAGAUUCCGAGUUGAGUAAUGGCGAUCGACAGGCGCCCGGUUGCGGUUUGUUUGGCUGUCGACCGAAAUGGGCGCGCAACUUCGCAUCGACCAAUGUUUUCAUGGUGGUCUUUUUGCUCGCCUACAUUUUACAGGGCAUGUAUAUGACAUAUUUCGUGUCGGUGAUCACUACCAUCGAGAAACUAUUUCAGAUAAAAUCGAAAACGACAGGUUUUCUGCUAAGCGCCAGUGAGAUGGGUCAAAUAAGUACCGCUAUGUUGUUAACCUACUUUGCUGGACGCGGUCAUCGCCCACGUUGGAUCGCUUGCGGCAUGGUAUUAUUCUCCAUUGCAGCUUUCGCUUGCUCAUUGCCGCAUUUUAUAUUUGGCAAACAAUUGAUGCAAUCACUUGAUACACUCAGUAAUGGCGGUAAUGGUGGUAAUGCGGCAAUGCGCGCCUUAAAUGGUCAAAUGCUACACGCCAGUUAUGGACUGCAUGGAAUGAAUGACACAAUGAAUGCAACAAGUGCGAACGCAUUGGAAGGCGGUUUCAGCGCGUUCUUGGCCAAUGUGCAGGGCUCACACGAAAUGAAUCUGUGCAUACCGGGACAGAAUUCAACGAACUCCAAUUCAGAAUGCGAUGAGGAUCAAAAAAUGGAGCAGGCGUCACACUCAAAAAUCACCGUUAUUGUACUGUGCAUCUUCUUCGCUAGUCUCUUGAGCUCUGGUAUCGGACAAACAGCCGUAGCCACACUCGGCAUACCAUAUAUAGAUGACAAUGUGGCAAGUAAACAAUCACCCAUGUACAUGGCUAUAACGAUUGGUGUACGCAUUUUGGGACCCGCAUCCGGUUUCAUAGUCGGCUCGUUUUGUACACGCUGGUAUGUGAAUUUCUCAAAUCCCGGCUUCGAUGCCAGCGAUCCACGUUGGAUUGGCGCUUGGUGGCUGGGACCGGUUGGCAUCGGUACUCUGAUGUUGCUGUCAUCCAUUGCAAUGUUCUCAUUCCCGAAGCAGUUGCGUGGCAAACGAAACCCCAAUGCCGGCGAGGCUAAAGCGGAGGGCGGUGAUGAAGCUGCCGCAGCUGUGGAGGUCAAUGAGAAGCCAAAGCUGAGAGAUUUUCCAAAGACCGUGCGACGUCAACUUAAAAAUGACAUUCUGAUGUUCCGCACUGCUUCUUGUGUUUUCCAUCUGCUGCCAAUUGCUGGUCUCUACACAUUUCUACCGAAAUACCUCGAAACACAGUUCCGUUUAACCACCUAUGAUGCCAGCAUGAUUGCGGCCUUUUGCGGCAUACUCGUAAUGGGUGUCGGUAUUGUCAUAUCCGGUUUAGUCAUAUUGAAAUUGAAGCCAUCGGCGCGUUCUGUAGCCGCUUGGAUUGCAUUUACAGCGUUAUUCUACUCGGCCGGCAUGGUGGUGUUGAUGUUCGUCGGCUGUAGCAUGACCGAUUUUGCUGGUUAUAAGGGUCCAACGAGUGAUUCGCCUGCCAUGAUCGAACCAGCAUGUGACCUCAAUUGUUCCUGUGAUACGGGCAAUUACGCCCCCAUUUGCGGCAUGGAUGGUCGUAUAUAUAUCUCCACCUGUCAUGCUGGUUGUGCGGCCUCAACAAUGACUGAGAAUGGCACACUAUUCAGUAACUGUACAUGCAUUCCAGAUUCUUUUAAGAACCAAGCGGUCAGCGGUUAUUGCGCCAAUAAUUGCAAGAAUUUCAUAUUCUUCAUUAUUAUAUUCGCCGUUUGUGUGUUCAUGCAUUCGACAUCGGAGGUGGGCAGCAUGUUAUUGGUGAUGCGUUGCACCCAUCCAAAUGAUAAAGCCAUGGCUAUGGGUAUCAUACAAUCGGCAAUUGGAUUAUUCGGUAAUGUUCCUUGUCCAAUUAUAUAUGGCGCGGUGGUGGAUUCGGCGUGUCUACUCUGGAAAACGGUGUGCGGCAAGCAUGGAGCCUGCUCGCUGUACGAUUCGGACACGUUUAGACAUUACUUCCUAGGUAUUACCGCCGGCAUAAUGUUUCUGGCAUUCAUAAUGGAUUUGGUGGUGUGGAGUAAGGCGCAUCGCAUCGACAUCACACCCGAGGAUGGCAGUGAACCGCAUGGCAAACAGACAGCCGCUGAGACGGAGUGCAAAAAGUCAAUGGUGGCGCCAGACACAAGCGUCUGAGCAGAGCACAUCAACGCUAAGGAGUGACGACUUAUAUAGCUGAAAGAACAAAAAUACACAAAAACAAAAAACAUUUGCAGAAGUGUCUUUAUAGCCUUGUUUCACACAAACAAAAUGUUUCAGAACGGUAUUCAAAGAAAAAGUUAUAGAAAAUGAGCGCAGUAAUUGUAUGAGAAUAUGUAAUGACGCACAAUGUGUCCAAAACCGCUGGCACUUGGCGCAUGUAAAGCUUAAUCUGUGUGUGUGUGGGUGGGUGUAUGUCACUUGUAAUGACCGGAAAACAACAAAAAAACGUACAGCAAACGUGCUUUGAUAGAAUUUGACGACGAAGGAAUGCGGAAUGCGAUUUUGCAUUUAUUGUUGAUAGUUGAUUUAUUGAUUAGUUUAGUUAAAGUUUAGUUAAUGACCGUUUAGUUGUAGGCAGCAAAAAUAUAUUUUAAAAUAAAAAAAAAAAAACAGAAAAGAAACACAAAACAGAGCGCGACGUAUAGAACACUAAUAAAAAUGCACAAGGUUUAGCAUGUGUGAUUAAGUUAUAAAUGGAAAGAAAAAAAAAUCAAAAAUUAUAAAAUAUAAAAUAUAUUGAAAUACAUAAUACAUACAUACAUACAUAUGUAGUUGGCAGUGAAAUUAAUAUAAAUAAACUUAAGCGGGUGUUACAAUGUGCAUAUUACAGUAUGUAUAUAUAUAUAACUAUUUAUAAAUAUAUUUUUUUUUGUAAUUUUUUACUAAUUUUUUUUUAAAUAUUUUGACUUAAAUUCUCAUAUGUUGUAAAUACAUACAGACAUAAUAUAUGUAUGUAUGUGCGCCAAACUACUUGUAUACAAGUUUUUAGUUUUUUUUUACAAAAUUAUAAAUUUAUAUUUAAAGUUAAUCUGCUUGCAUUUGAAAUUUUAGAACAUGUAUGUAUGUAUCUGUGUACCAUAUAUAGUAAACACUUAUUAAUAUGUCAAUAUUUAAAAAAAAUAAAUCUCAGUUAUAGACUAAAAAUAUUAUAGACUAAAAUAUGUUUAAAGAAAAA